AUGGAAAUUUUUGAUGCAAUUUCCAACUACCUCGAAACCAAAGGGCUGCACCGCUCUGCUUAUCUUUUACGUCAAACAUUAUCUUCGUCAACCCUUAAGCUUAAAGACUCUGAAUCUGCCAAAAAACUUUUAUCCCAUAUCCUCUCAUCUCUUAAAAAUAAAGAAAACCAAGAUCUACAUACAGGAAUUGCUCCAGAAAACGAAGACGUAAUGGAAAACCUCAUGUCUCGUAUAAUAUCAGGCCCAUCUGUAACUAAAUAUCAAGAUAUGUCUAAAGGAUUUGACUCCCUGCUAAAUCUGCGGGCGUUCCAUAAGAUGGUUAAAUGUGCUGAACAAUUAUUUUUUGAAAAUGAGAGCCAAAAUCAGUCCUCAAGCCUAGGAGAAAACAGCAAAAAUGUGGAGUCUUCCGAAGAAGAUCUGCCUCGUUUUGGGCAAGGGAGCAGCAAUAAUUCAGCUCAUGAAGGACAAAGUACGGAAAUGAAGUCCCAUCCUUCGCAGGAUGAAAUUUUUGAGACUUCAUAUGCAAAAGAGGAGCCUAAAGAAACAAAAAGUAAAGAAGUUUCUAAUUUUCUGGGAUAAAAAUGCAAAUUAUUAGGAAAAUGAAAAAAAAUAAUUAAAAAAUAAUUAUUAAAGGGAUUAAGGUAUUUGAAGAUGAAUAUGAAGACGAUGACGACCCUGGAUAUGACCUUUAUGAGUGCAAUGAAGAAGAUUUAGCAUACGUAAGCAAACAGCUAGCUGAAAAAUAUAAUUUCCCUCAGCGAGCUUCAUGUCCUAAAAAGCCAUUAAAACCAAAAACACCUAAAAAUAAGCCAACUGGCCCAAAUUCACUAUUGCCAGCUGACUUAGUUUUUCCUCCUUCAGACGAAAGUUUGUAUCCUUUAGAAUGUGAAAACGUCACUUAUGACUGCUAUCAUUUAAAAGUCAUUUAUGAUAGAGAAAGAACAGGCUUUGAGGAAACUAAAGAUUUUCCUGUCAUUAUUGAUAGUGUCAUUGCAGGAAGAUACCAAGUUAUAGAGUACUUGGGCUCAGCUGCCUUCAGUAAAGCUUUACAAUGCUUAGAUAUGCUGACAAAGCAGCUUGUUUGUGUAAAAGUGAUAGAAAAUAAUAAAGACUACGUCGACCAAAGCAUAGACGAAAUAUACCAAUCCCAAUAAAUAAGAAUCAAAUUUUUUUUUUAUAAAAAAAUCAAGCCAAACUAAAAUAAAAUAAAAAAUUUUAAGACUCAUAAAUUGCAAUGCAGACCCUGACACGACCCAUUUUUUAAAAGUAAUUGACUAUUUUUACCACAAAGAACAUCUAUUUAUUGUCACAGAGCUCCUAAGGGACAAUUUAUAUGAGUUUUCUCGCUAUAACAGAGAGCAUGAAGCAGAAAUUUAUUUUAAUUUAGGCAGACUGCAAAAGGUGACACACCAAAUUUUAACAGCCUUAGAGUAUGUGCAUUCUUUACAUUUAAUUCAUUGUGAUUUAAAGCCUGAAAAUAUUUUAAUUAAGUCAUAUUCAAGAUGCGAAAUAAAAGUGAUUGAUUUUGGAAGCAGCUGCUUUACGCAUGACCAUUUAAGCUCGUAUGUACAGUCAAGGUCUUAUAGAGCUCCAGAAGUGAUUUUGGGGUGCAGAUAUGAUAGUAAAAUCGAUAUUUGGUCUCUUGGCUGCAUUGUUGCUGAGUUGUUUACUGGGAAUGUGCUGUUUCAGAAUGAAAGUGUUCAAGGGCUAUUAGCGAGGGUUAUGGGAAUUAUUGGUCCGUUCCCAGAAGAUGUAUUUAGAACUGGGAAGCUAAUAAAACAUUUCUUUACUGAUGAUAGAAUUCUAUUUAAAGUAGUUGAAGAAGACCGCGAAGAGUCAUUUACUCCUGCUUCUUCUACAACCAAAAUCCACCUGCUUGUCCCUAAAAAGUCAUCAUUAAAAGCUCGCCUCAGAACUGACGACGAGGUAUUUUUAGAUUUUGUAGGAAAACUCUUAGAAAUCGACAGAGAUUUCAGACCAACAGCAAAAGAAGCUUUAGAGCACCCAUGGUUUAAAGUAAAAUACCCAGAUGGGCUUUAA